AUGCAACAGUGCGGCAAGGAUGAGUUCAACCCACGUUCUUAUGAACAUUUAUUGAAAGUAGUGGAAUCGAUCAGAUCGCAAGUAAAUCUCAAGGAGAAGCCAAAAAUUGGCAUCAUUUGCGGUUCUGGAUUAGGCAGCAUUGGAGAAUUUGCGGGCCACAAAGGUAACUUGGUGUUUGGUUAUUUGAGAGGGAAAUAUGUGGUGUGUAUACAAGGGCGCUUUCAUCCAUAUGAGCACUCAAUGGAUCUGGCACUGGUUGGUUAA